AUGCCGCCUCGCUUUGUUUGGCGGUUCAUUAACCGUAAUCCACGAAACAAUGAAUUGGUAGGACGGCAGAAGUUUCCAACAGGAUAUCAGUUCGAAAAAGAUCGAGCGCAUCGAAGUUUUAUUUACAAGUGAGUUCAUUCAAAACUUCUUAAUUGGUUUUUUUUUGUUUUUUGAGGAACAGUUCGUCUUAUUUUUUGGAAUUCAAAUUUUUUGCUAAAUUCAUUUUGCACUCAGAGUUGCGUUGGUCGAAUCAAAAGCGCAUCAAGAAGGAUUUCUUGUGCAUUACCGUGACGGCGUUGUGCUCUCUGCCUCCACGCGGGAGGCAGAAAUUUCCCAGCAACUCUAUAGGUCAGUUUGCUUUUUACAAAGAAUUAGUUGCAAAUCAUGAUCCCAAAAUUCCUUUCUAAAUAUUACGUCACCUGUUUUUCUUACCCUUACGCAAUUUCAAAUUUGGGCCACUGAAGCCUUGAAUCGAUGUUUUCCAGCAACACGGACGCCUGUGCGGCGCUGAACAUCGCCCGAGUGCUCGCCAUGCGCUGUUUGCAGUCCGGAAUCCACUUUGCCCGUCCCUCUGCUUCGGAAGAAGAAAUAGCGAAAAGCAAGCAUGUUAGUAGUUUUACAAAACGGGAUUCAGUCCAUAAAAAAGUUUUAUGAGCAGUGCAAACAAACAAAUUUUGAAAAACGCCCAUAUGUGAUGGUUCCUGAUUUGCUCUGUUCCAGCAGAAACAUUUCUUCGAAGCGCUUCGUUCCGAAGGCCUCACUUUGCAAGAGCCGGAGCCUGUGGAGCACUCCUAUGAGAACGAUCACCGGUUUACGUGGCAGAGGUUCAAAAUAUUGUUGUUCACAUUGAAUAAUUAAGUUUACAGGUACCCCUUGAAAGCAAACCGACAGGAAAAGCUGGACGAGCUGUAA